AAACCAAACAGAAACAACGGAUAUGUGGACGAAACGCUGUUCAACCAGAAUAAACGCGAUGGCUGACAUAAUAAAUAUUAAUGCAAAACGCGCCCUGCGGGUGAUUUUCUGUAACGAAGGACCAAUAUGUUUUAUGGCCACAUGCAUGAUGGAAUAUUGCACUGUACUGAUACCAUCCAACAUUGUCGCCUUAACUGCAGAUCGAGGGUUAUCUGUGAUUAGUGCCGUAUCUGAAAAGACAGGAGUGCCCGUUCCAAAAAUUGGCUCUCCUCCAGUUUGGGGCUUUGUUGGUUGUAAUGAAUAUGUUGAUGAAUCCAGUAUUAUAUUUAAAGCUCAUAUACUGAAACCGUACAAGAGAGCGCUAAGGGCACCGAACAUUUCAACUUUACCACUGGGCACAGUGAUUCCCGAAUUACGUAUGAUGUCUUAUCUACUACCAAAUCAACACGACGAAAUUAUACAAUUAGUAACCGAAAGAAAGAAGAACAUUGAGCAUUAUUUAAAUAGAAAACCGUUUCUUUCAAGAUUGAGGGCUUUGAAAAGUCUUUUGGAAUUAUGGUGCGAGCCCAAUCCCUCAGAUCAAGUCAUUUCGCUAGGAGUAUGCUCCAAUGGGUCGUAUGGUAUUCGGCCAGGAAUUGUCUUCUCCCAACCGUGCAUUCAAGAUCAAAAGCAGAGAUGGAAACCAUUUGAAAAUUUUUCAUUUGUAAAUGAUGCGAUUGCUUUGAAAAUUCAAGAAUGUGUUGAAGACGCUGAACUGCUGCUAAAGAACAUCGGCUUUGAUAUGAGCAGUUAUUGUGCUUUGAGCGAUGCAUCACAGCUGACAUUGCAAUUAGAUAAAUAAUACUAAAAAUUUGUCGUAAAUAAUUUCAUGAAAGCAAUCAGUUUCAUCUUAAUCUUGCUACAGUUAAUAAAAAUUCUUUACGAUUAGAAAUAUUUAAUCUUACCAAUAGUAUAUGUACAAUCAGGUCCUUAUAACCCAGGUCAAUCAAAUUAAGUCCCAGCGCCUAAGAUGGUAUGGGCAUGUCCAUAGACUAGGAAAUGACGGACUAACAAAACUGGUACGGUAUGGCGACCGCCGGGAGAAAGCCCACUUGGGAGACCUAGCCAGAGAUGGAAAGAUAACUUCAAAGCAGAUCUCACAAACAUGAAUACCCUUCUCGACAUUUGGAGUCUUUUGGAGGACAGGGUGGCCUGUGUCAGCAUAGUGCAGUCAGCCAAGAUCCACCCUGGGUUGUAGAGCUACUUUGUAUUGUAUUGUAUUGUAUUGUAUUGUAUUGUAUUGUAUUGUAUUGUAUUGUAUUGUAUUGUAUAGGGUUUUCCAAUAAGGCGGGUCUAUGUUGAAAUGGAAUAUAAUAAGCUGUGCGUGAGGUCUUAA